AUGCGGGCUGCCGAGUGGCUCGCGGGGCUGCUCUGCCAGCUCGCGCUCCUGGCCGCCCGCUGUCGGGACGUUCGCUUGCAUCCCAGGCAAGAAGCGCUGGUGAAGACGCUGGCCUCGUACGAGGUGGUGACCCCGGCGCGGGUCGACGAGUUCGGAGCGGCGUUCCCCCAGAGCCGCCACUUCAGCCGGAGGAAGCGCAGCCCCGGGGCGCCUGAGCUCGCCUUGGUCCCGACUUUUUACCGCAUCAGCGCCUACGGACAGCUCUUCCAGCUAAACCUGAGCGCCGAUGCCGCCUUCCUGGCUGCUGGCUACACCGAGGUGCAUCUGGGAGCCCCUGCGCACGGGGCGCACGAGCCAGACGCACCGCCCCCAGACUUGCGCCACUGCUUCUACCGCGGUCAGGUGAACGCGCGCCCGGAGCUCAAGGCCGUGUUCAGCCUGUGCGGGGGCCUGAUGGGGACAUUUAAGGCGCACGACGGCGAGUACUUCCUAGAGCCGCUCCUGCCGGUGGACGGCGGGGAGCCUGACGACACGCACAACAAGCCUCAUCUCAUCUACAGACGGGAGGCCACAAGGGCGCCAGCACCGUCCCACGGGGCCUGUGGCGUUUCAGAGAGUCAAGUCAAGAAAGCUGCCCUCUCGCUUGAUAAGCACAGCCACGUGAAUGAAGAUCUGAAUAUCAAGGGCGUGGGUGUAGAACAGCCUUGGAAGAACUCAUCGUUGGAAGGGGGACAGGGUCAGGCUCAUUCCAGGAGUAAGCGCUUCCUGUCCUACCCGAGAUACGUGGAAGUCAUGGUCACGGCCGAUGCCAGGAUGGCCCGCCAGCACGGCCAGAAUCUGCAGCACUACGUUCUCACGCUGAUGUCAAUUGUUGCAGCGAUCUACAGGGACUCAAGUAUUGGAAAUCUUGUGAACAUUGUAGUCGUAAAAAUAAUUGUGAUUCACAAUGAACAUGAAGGACCACUCAUCAAUUCCAAUGCAGCAAGCACGCUACAAAACUUCUGCUCAUGGCAGCAAACUCAGAAUGUUCUGGACGAUGCACACCCCUCCCACCACGACACGGCUGUUCUCAUCACCAGAGAAGACAUUUGUGGAGCUAAGGAAAAAUGUGACACGUUAGGGCUUGCAGAGCUGGGGACUCUGUGUGACCCUGCGCGGAGCUGCUCCGUCAGUGAAGACAACGGGCUCAGUGCUGCCUUCACCAUCGCCCAUGAGCUGGGCCACGUGUUUAACGUUCCACACGAUGACAGCUUCAAGUGUAAGGAAGUUGGCAUCAAGCAUCCCUAUCACGUGAUGGCUCCGACUUUGAACUACCAGACGAGUCCCUGGACCUGGUCCAAGUGUAGUCAGAAGUACCUCACUGAGUUUCUCGACACUGGCCACGGGGAGUGCCUCCUCGACAAACCCAGUGGAAGAACCUACAGCCUCUUUUCGCAACCCCCGGGCUUGCUGUACGACGUGAACCAGCAGUGUGAACUCAUGUUUGGGCCCGGCUCACAAGUGUGUCCCUACCUGAAGCAGUGCAGGCGGCUGUGGUGCACGGGCACGGAAGGCGUGAACCGGGGCUGCCGCACCCAGCACAUGCCGGUGGCCGACGGGACGGCCUGCGGGCCCGGGAUGCAUUGCCACCGUGGCUUGUGUGUAAACAGAGAGAUGGAGCAGCGUCCUGUGGAUGGUGGCUGGGGGCCCUGGGGACCUUACAGCGCUUGUUCCAGAACGUGUGGAGGUGGAGUCAGAAUUGCAAGCAGGCUCUGUAACCGUCCUGAGCCAAGAAACGGAGGAAAGUACUGUGUGGGCCGCAAGAUGAGGUUUCGGUCAUGUAACACUGAUUCCUGUCCAAAAGGCAAGGAAGACUUCCGAGAGCAGCAGUGUUCUGAUUUUGACGGUAAACAUAUCAACAUCAAUGGGCUUUCCCCUAACGUGCGCUGGCUGCCCAAGUACAGCGGGGUUGCCAUGAAGGAUCGCUGUAAGCUCUACUGUCGCGUCGCUGGGACCACCAAUUUUUACCAGCUGAGGGACAAGGUUGCAGACGGCACGCCUUGUGGGGUCGAAACCAGCGACAUCUGUGUGCAAGGCACGUGCCGGCAAGCUGGCUGUGACCACGUGUUAAACUCCAAGACCAAGAGGGACAAGUGUGGAGUGUGUGGUGGGGACAACUCCUCCUGCAGGACCAUUUCGGGUGUCUUCAACAAUGCUCGCUAUGGUUAUAAUGACAUUGUGAAGAUCCCCAUGGGAGCAACAAACGUUGAGGUUCUUCAGCACAGCUACUCUGGAGCAGCAGAGGACGACAACUACCUCGCAUUAUCUGAUGUUCAAGGGAAUUUUCUUCUGAAUGGGAACUUUGUUGUAACUAUGGCAAAGACAGCAAUCAACGUGCAGGGGACCGUUUUUGAGUACAGCGGCUCCAACAACCCCACAGAGAGGCUGAACAGCACCGAGAGGCUGGGGCAGGAGCUGGUUUUGCAAGUGUUAUGUGUGGGCAAUUUAUACAACCCCGCUGUCCGUUAUUCCUUCAAUAUCCCCGUGGAGGAGAAGAGCGAGGCGUUCGUGUGGGACUCCUACGGGCCGUGGCAGGACUGCUCCAAGAUGUGCCAAGGUGUUCAUGGAAGAAAAGUCGCCUGCCUACGUAAGAGUGACCGUGUGGUUGUUCCGGAUCAAAGGUGUGACCACUUGGCACUGCCACAGGUGGUGACGGAAAGGUGCAAUACGGACUGUGAGCUAAGGUGGCAUGUGGUCGGCAGGAGCGAGUGUUCGUCGCGCUGCGGCCUGGGAGUUAGGUCCCUGGACGUGCGCUGCAUGAAGUACUCGGUGCACAAGGGCCAGACCGUGCCCGUGGAGGACCACUACUGCGGCGACCUGCCCAAGCCGCCCGUGCGGGAGCUGUGCCAUGGCGACUGCGUCUCCGUGAGAUGGCGUUAUUCAGAGUGGUCCCAGUGCUCCAGGACUUGUGGCGGAGGGGAGAGGACGCGUGAGUCCAUGUGCGUGGAUGCUGCGGGCCACCGGCUGGCCGACCAGGCGUGCCAAGACCUGCCCCGGGCCUCGGCCGAGCGCUGCGCCGAGGUCUCCUGCCCCCGCUGGGCCACCAGCGAGUGGAGUGAGUGCUCAGCCACGUGCGGACACGGGUCCCAGAUGCGUGCUGUGAAGUGCAUCAACGAGCUGCUGGGCACGGUGCUGGAGGAGCGAGAGUGCCCUGGGACCAGCCGCCCACACGACCUGCAGGAGUGUGUGGUCUCGCCCUGCCCGGUGAUGCCCCCGCUGUGGGCCACUCCAGUGCCCACUGCUGCCGAGGGGAAGGGGGCGCAAUGGCGACACGGCUCCUGGACCCCCUGCUCCGCCUCCUGCGGGAGAGGCGUCCAGGCCCGCUACGUGAGCUGCCGUGACGCUCGCGACGAAGCAGCCGACGACGCCUUCUGCGCGCACCUGCCGCGGCCCUCCGAGACAGCCGCCUGUCUCAGCCCCUGCGGAGAGUGGCGAGCCGGGAACUGGUCCCCGUGUUCGGUUUCCUGCGGCCGAGGACAGGCGACACGGCAAAUGGUCUGUGUGAGCUUCCAGCAGCUGACCGAUGAGAGGCACUGUGAUCCCAGAGCACGGCCUGCGAUGCAGCGAGAGUGCAGCCUGGCCGCCUGCCCACCCACCCACAGCCACGGGCAGCCACGCCUUCCUCCAGAUGGGAGCUUCCCCCAAAGCCACAACCUCAUAGAUCAUCAGAACCAGGGGGUCCCGCCCACAGCGGGGGGAGACCAGUGGCGAACAGGACCGUGGGGAUCUUGCUCUAGCAGCUGUGCUGGGGGCCUCCAGCACAGGGUCGUGGUCUGCCAGGAUGAAGAUGGACAAAGUGCCAGUUCCUGCAAUGCUGCCACCAAGCCCCCGGAGUCCAGGCACUGUGACUCGGGGCCGUGUCCCCGGUGGACCCACGGCAGCUGGGGAGAAUGCACACAAACAUGUGGAGGAGGGACGAAAUCAAGAUUGGUGGUGUGUCAGUUUCCCAACGGCCGGAUCGCCCCAGAGCACACCUGUGCGCCCCUAGACAAGCCAGCUGGCACGGCCCAGUGCCACACGCACGCCUGCCCCGAUCAUGCGUCCUGGCAUCGGGGACCCUGGCAGUCGUGCUCAUCGUCCUGUGGCAGAGGUGUCAAGCGCCGCAGUGUCCUCUGCCUUCACCAGUCCCAAGGGGAGGUGGGAGAACAGUACUGCAGCAACCUGCCCAAGCCACGCACCCACAAGGCCUGCAGGUCUGCCAGGUGCCCGUCGUGGAAAGCCACUCGGUGGAAGGAGUGCUCUGUGACCUGCGGCCCCGGCGUCCAGCACAGGGACGUGUUCUGUCGGCUGAGAGGUGUGGGCCCAGUGGCUGCAGAAAGGUGCGACCCGGCCAGCCGGCCUUACAGUCAGCAGCCGUGUUGGCACUCGGACUGUGUGCAGUACCAGUGGACAGCAGGAGAGUGGCCGGACUGUUCGGCAUCCUGUAGGAAAGCAGAGAUCUAUCGAUGGGUGCAGUGCACUGAUGCUCGGGGUGUCCCGGUGGGCGACAGCCUCUGCAACCCUGCAACCAGACCACCUUCUGUCCAAAAAUGCAGGAACCCUCUGUGCAAGUACAUCGUGCUAACAGGUGACUCCUCUCAGUGUGCAGACAACUGUGGACUCAGUUCCGGGCAGCAGAUCGCGUACUGCACCGGCGUGCCCUGGGCCAGGAAGCACACUCCCCAGCGGCCCCAGCCCGUGGUCUACCGAGAGUGCCCUCUGCUGGCCUCCCCUCAGGCUCACAACUGCAUCGCGAAGAAGUGUUUGAACGCGGCCACCUGGAAGGUUGGCAAGUGGAGCAAGUGCUCGGUGACCUGUGGACCUGGGACAGUGCGCAGAAGGGUGGAGUGCAUGACUGAAGACGGGUGGCCCAGCGACUUGUGUUUGAAGCAUUUAAGACCAGAUGCUCAGAAGAAGUGCUAUGCCAGUGACUGUAAAUUGCUCAGCACCUGCAAGGAAGUCCAGACGAGCACACACGUCACAGAGGAUGGAGACUACUUCCUUCACAUCGAGGGGAGACUCAUCAAGAUCCACUGUGCCGGCAUGCGCUUGGCAAACCCCAAGGAGUACCUGCCGCUGGUCAGAGGUGAACAAGACAACUUUUCGGAGGUGUAUGGCCCCAGACUACAAAACCCCUAUGAAUGCCCUUUCAAUGGGAGUAGGAGGAAAGACUGUGAGUGUCAACACGACUACCUCGCUGCUGGGUACACGGUUUUCAGCAAAAUAAGAAUCGAUCUCACUUCCAUGCAGAUCAAAACCACGGAUCUUCUAUUUGCCAGGACAGUUUUUGGCAAACCGGUUCCACUGGCCACAGCUGGAGAUUGCUACAGUGCUGCCCGGUGCCCACAGGGACAGUUCAGCAUCAACUUGGCGGGAACAGGGAUGAAGAUUUCCAGCACGGCCAAGUGGCUCGCUCAGGGGAACUACGCCUCGGUGGUCAUUCGCAGAUCACAGGAUGGAACCAAAGUGUAUGGCAGGUGCGGUGGGUUCUGCGGGAAGUGUGCUCCGCACGUGGCCACCGGGCUCCCAGUUCAAGUGCUGUGA